AUGAACCAAAACAUCAAUAUUGUUCAUCACAUUACUUCUUCUCCGUUGAGACAAUUUUGGUGUGUUAUCUUUCUCGUGUUGUUAUCUGACACGACCAUAAACGCUUUGGUGAAACUGCCGCCAAACAAGACGAUUCCGGCGAUUAUAGUGUUUGGAGAUUCUAUCGUCGAUGCCGGAAACAACGACGAUAUGAUAACGGAAGCUAGAUGCAAUUUUCCUCCUUACGGCAUCGAUUUUAACGGUGGAGUUCCUACCGGAAGGUUUUCGAAUGGCAAAGUUCCGACUGAUAUUAUAGCGGAAGAAUUUGGAAUUAAACCGAGUAUACCGGCAUAUCGAGAUCCAAAUUUGAAACCGGAGGAUCUCUUAACCGGUGUAACAUUUGCGUCUGGUGGUGCUGGUUACGUUCCUUUCACAAGCCAAAUAUCGGGAGGAAUAGCUUUAUCUCAGCAGUUGAAAUUAUUCGAAGAGUAUGUAGAGAAAUUGAAGGAAAUGGUUGGGGAAGAGAGGACAAAGUUCAUAAUUCAAAACAGUUUGUUCAUGGUUAUCUGUGGUAGUAAUGAUAUAGCCAACACCUACUUUGCACUUCCUUCUGUUCAACACAUAUACGACGUCGCUUCGUUUACUACUCUUUUGGCCGAUAAUGCACGAUCUUUUGCUCAAGUAUGA